UGGCUGAGUGUCGGAGAGCGGUAGGCAGAGGCGAGGCAGGAAAGUAGCCCGCGAGAGACGGCGAAGCAGGCACAGAGACACGGGGCUUGGAGGAAGAGAGAGGGCUCCUCCGCAGUCUUCGCUCAGACCGUGUAGCUACCUUUUUCUUUUCUUUUUUUUCUUUUCAAAUCCCUCAGACCAACGGACUUGUGAUUGUAGCUAAUUAUAGCUUAUAAGCGGAGGAGGGGGAACCAGAAUUGUAUACACCCUCAAAAAUCACUGCAUUCGUCUCCCCCUCGCCUGUGUGUACGGGGCGCCCGGAGGAGACAGCUGGCAGCGCUCAUAGCCGCGAGAGAUGUCACUGCUGUGCGUCGGAGUGAAGAAAGCCAAGCUCGAUGGACCGCAAGAGAAGUUCAACACCUACGUGACGCUGAAGGUGCAGAAUGUGAAGAGCACCACCAUCGCCGUGCGCGGCAACCAGCCCUGCUGGGAGCAGGACUUCAUGUUUGAGAUCAGCCGACUGGACCUGGGCCUGACGGUGGAGGUGUGGAAUAAGGGGCUGAUCUGGGACACCAUGGUGGGCACGCUCUGGAUCCCUCUGCGCAGCAUUCGCCAGUCCAACGAGGAAGGCCCGGGGGAGUGGCUGACCCUGGACUCCCAGGUCAUCAUGACGGACAACGAGAUCUGCGGCACGAAAGACCCGACCUUCCACCGCAUCCUCCUGGACACGCGCUUCGAGCUGCCGCUGGAUAUUCCAGAAGAGGAGGCUCGCUAUUGGGCCAAGAAGCUGGAGCAGCUGAACGCCAUGCGAGACCAGGAUUAUGUGGAGGAUGAGGAGAGACCUCUGCCCGUGCCCGGGACCCAGUGCUGUAACUGGAGUCUGUGGAGGGACCAGCAGAACGAGGACCCCGACAGCGCGGUGGACGACAGGGACAGCGACUACCGCAGCGAGACCAGCAACAGCAUCCCGCCCCUCUACUACACCACCUCCCAGCCCAACGCCUCGGUCCACCAGUAUCCCAUCAGGCACCAGCACCGCCCGCACUACGGCCGCUCCGCCAGCAGCUGUGACUACGAGUACGAGAGAGCCAUGAGCCCCACAGGUAGUUUCCCCUCUUCGGGGGAUCUCAGUCAGUGCAGCUCCCAGCUGAGUGAGGACUUUGGGCCGGGGGGGUACCGGGGGAGCGAGGGCCCCAGGGGGGGGGAGUUCUACGAGAACGACUCGUACCACUCCUGCCACUCGUCCGUCAGCUACACCUGCAGCCGCGACUCGCCAGACUGGGACCCCGAGGACCCCCCGGGGGGCUACAGCGACGAGGGGGGCUACAGCCGGGACGGGGGCGAGGGGGGGGCGCUGUACGGGGACGAGGAGGACGUCCCGUACGAGGACGGGGGAGGGUAUGAGGAGGACCUCUACCCUCCGGAGGACGAGCUCCUCCCUGAGGACCAGGAGCCCCCGUACACCCCCACGCCCACCGAGCCCACCCCCCCCGCCCUGCCGCCCGAGGCCCCGCCCACUCAGGCCAAGACCCUCCCUCCAGCACAGCCGCCCGUGUCCCAGGCCCCUCCCCCUACAGCCGCCAGUCAACCACCCGGCCCCGCCUCCCAGCCCCCCGGACCCACCCCCCAGCCCCCUGGCCCCGCCCCCCAGCCCUCUGGCCCCACCUCCCUGCUCUCUGGCCCCGCCUCCCUCUUCUCUGGCACUGCCUCCAUGUUCUCUGGCACCGCCUCCCUGCUCUCUGGCCCCGCCUCCCUAAAGCUGGCCCCGCCCCUCAGCAGGCUCCACCCACAGAAGUGUCGGAGAGCCAACCCCUUGCCCCCCGCCCCCGCCCCGGCUCAGGCCCCGCCCCCUGUGACCACGCCCCCUGCCCCAGAGGAGCAGGCCCCUCCCAGUCCUGUCCUGGAUGAGGAACCACUCCCACUUUCAGAAGAGGAGCCGCCCAUCGAGAGCCCUCCGCCCACACCCCCGCCAGAGGAGGAGGAGCAGGAGGAGGAGCUCCCGCCCGACAGCUGUGCUGUGGCGGCAGCUCCAGAGGAGCAGGUGGACUCCGCGGCGCGCGCUAAGGCUAACUGGCUGCGGCUCUUUGAUAAGGUCCGACAGCAGCUGCAGGAGGCUCGCGGAGAGUCAGGAGGCGCCCAAUCACUGUGGUUUAAAGGCGGGCCUGGCGGGGCGCUAUAUAGCAUAGACAGCAUGCCGGACCUCCGAAAGCGGAAAGCCAUCCCUCUAGUUAGAGAUUUGUCCCUGGUCCAGAACUCCCGGAAGGCCGGGAUCACCUCAGCCAUGGCCUGCAGCACGCUCAACAACGAAGAGCUGAAGAGCCACGUGUACAAGAAGACCCUGCAGGCCCUGAUCUACCCCAUCUCCUGCACCACGCCCCACAACUUCGAGGUGUGGACGGCGACCACGCCCACCUACUGCUACGAGUGCGAGGGGCUGCUGUGGGGCAUCGCCCGCCAGGGCAUGAGGUGCUCCGAGUGCGGGGUCAAAUGUCACGACAAGUGCCAGGACCUGCUCAACGCCGACUGCCUGCAGAGGGCGGCGGAGAAGAGCUCCAAGCACGGGGCGGAGGACCGGACCCAGAACAUCAUCAUGGUGCUGAAGGACCGGAUGAAGAUCCGGGAGAGGAACAAGCCUGAGAUCUUCGAGCUGAUCCAGGAGGUGUUCACGGUGAUCAAGGCCACGCACGUCACGCACAUGAAGCAGAUCAAGCAGAGCGUGCUCGACGGGACGUCCAAGUGGUCCGCCAAGAUCAGCAUCACAGUGGUGUGCGCUCAGGGCCUCCAGGCGAAGGAUAAGACCGGCUCCAGCGACCCCUACGUCACCGUGCAGGUGGGGAAGACCAAGAAGAGGACCAAGACCAUCUACGGCAACCUCAACCCCGUGUGGGAGGAGAACUUUCACUUCGAGUGCCACAACUCCUCGGACCGCAUCAAGGUGCGCGUCUGGGACGAGGACGACGACAUCAAGUCGCGCGUGAAGCAGCGCUUCAAACGCGAGUCGGACGACUUCCUGGGGCAGACCAUCAUCGAGGUCCGCACGCUGAGCGGGGAGAUGGACGUCUGGUACAACCUGGACAAGCGGACGGACAAGUCGGCCGUGUCGGGGGCGAUCCGCAUGCACAUCAGUGUGGAGAUCAAAGGGGAGGAGACUGUGGCGCCCUAUCACGUCCAGUACACCUGUCUGCACGAGCACCUGUUCCACUACCUGACGGACGUGCAGAACGAGAGCGGGGUGAAAUCCCCGACGCCAAAGGGCGACGACGCCUGGAAGGUUUACUUUGAGGAGACGGCGCAGGAGAUCGUGGACGAGUUCGCCAUGCGCUACGGCGUGGAGUCCAUCUACCAGGCCAUGACACACUUCGCCUGCCUGUCGUCCAAGUACAUGUGCCCGGGCGUUCCCGCGGUGAUGAGCACGCUGCUGGCCAACAUCAACGCGUACUACGCACACACCACGCAGUCCUCCAACAACGUCUCCGCCUCCGACCGCUUCGCCGCCUCCAACUUCGGGAAAGAGCGGUUUGUGAAGCUCCUGGACCAGCUCCAUAACUCCCUACGGAUCGACCUCUCCAUGUACCGGAACAACUUCCCAGCGAGCAGUGCGGAGAGGCUGCAGGACCUGAAGUCCACCGUGGACCUGCUCACCAGCAUCACCUUCUUCAGGAUGAAGGUCCAGGAGCUGCAGAGUCCCCCCAGGGCCAGUCAGGUGGUGAAGGACUGUGUGAAGGCCUGCCUGAACUCCACCUACGAGUACAUCUUCAACAACUGCCACGAGCUCUACGGCCGGGAGUACCAGGCCGACCCGGCCAAGAAGGAGGUUCCCCCGGAGGAGCAGGGCCCCAGCAUCAAGAACCUGGACUUCUGGUCCAAGCUCAUCACCCUCAUCGUGUCCAUCAUCGAGGAGGACAAGAACUCGUACACGCCCUGCCUCAACCAGUUUCCCCAGGAGCUGAACGUGGGGAAGAUCAGCGCUGAGGUCAUGUGGAACCUGUUCGCCCAGGACAUGAAGUACGCCAUGGAGGAGCACGAUAAGAACCGUCUGUGUAAGAGCGCAGACUACAUGAACCUGCACUUCAAAGUCAAGUGGCUGUUUAACGAGUACUGCAAGGAGCUGCCCUUCUUCCAAGACAGAGUGCCUGAGUACCCAGCGUGGUUUGAGCCGUUUGUCAUCCAGUGGCUGGACGAGAACGAGGAAGUGUCGCGCGACUUCCUGCACGGUGCCCUGGAGAGGGACAAAAAGGACGGGUUCCAGCAGACGUCGGAGCACGCGCUGUUCUCCUGCUCCGUGGUGGACGUGUUCUCCCAGCUCAACCAGAGCUUCGAGAUCAUCCGCAAGCUGGAGUGCCCCGACCCGCAGAUCGUGGGCAACUACAUGAGGAGGUUCGCAAAGACCAUCGGCAACGUGCUGCUCUCCUACGCCGACAUCAUCGCCAAGGACUUCGCCAGCCACUGCUCCAAGGAGAAAGUGCCCUGCAUCCUGAUCAAUAACAUCCAGCAGCUGAGGGUUCAGCUGGAGAAGAUGUUCGAGGCCAUGGGAGGCAAAGACCUGAACAUGGAGGCCAGCGACUUCCUGAAGGAGCUGCAGGUCAAGCUCAACAACGUGAUGGACGACCUCAGCAGGGUGUUCGCCGUCAGUUUCCAGCCGCACAUCGAGGAGAGCGUGCGUCAGAUGGGGGACAUCCUGGCGCAGGUGAAGGGCACCAACACAGUCCCCGCCAGCGCCUGCAGCAGUGUGGCCCAGGACGCCGACAACGUGCUGCAGCCCAUCAUGGACUUCCUGGACAGCAACCUGACCCUGUUCGCUAAGAUCUGUGAGAAGACGGUUCUGAAGCGCGUGCUCAAGGAGCUGUGGAAGCUGGUGAUGAACACCAUGGAGAAGACCAUCGUCCUGCCGCCCCUUACUGACCAGACGCGCAAGGUGAAGCUCGCUUGUCACAGUGACGGCACCCAGCUCAUCUUCAACAAGGCCAAGGAGUUGGGACAGCUCUCCAAACUCAAGGAGCACAUGGUUCGAGAGGAGGCCAAGGCACUGACGCCCAAACAGUGUGCCGUGGUGGAGCUGGCUUUGGACACCAUCAAGCAAUACUUCCACGCCGGCGGGGUGGGUCUGAAGAAGGCGUUCCUGGAGAAGAGUCCCGACCUGCAGUCUCUGCGCUACGCCCUGUCCCUGUACACCCAGGCCACCGACAAGCUCAUCAAGAAGUUCAUCCUAUCCCAGCAUGCACAGGUUCAUGGAGGGAAGGGGGUGCGGUACACGCAUAGCGAAGAUGUGUACCCAGAGAAGGGUUCUGGGGUGGACGAUGCGGUGGGGGAGGUCUCCAUCCAUGUGGAGAUCUUCACUCACCCCAACACUGGAGAGCACAAGAUCACGGUGAAGGUGGUUGCCGCUAACGACCUGCAGUGGCAGACCUCCGGAAUAUUCCGCCCCUUCGUGGAGGUCUACAUCAUCGGCCCCCACCUCAGUGACAGGAAGAGGAAGUUCGCCACCAAGUCCAAGAACAACAGCUGGGCGCCCAAGUUCAGCGAGACCUUCACAUUCACGCUGAGUAACGAGGUGGGCCCAGAGAGCUACGAGCUGCAGGUGUGUGUGAAGGACUACUGCUUCGCGCGGGAGGACCGCACGGUGGGCGUGGCCGUCAUGCAGCUGAAGGACAUGGCGUCCCGCGGGAGCGUGGCCUGCUGGCUGCCCCUGGGCAAGAGGAUCCACAUGGACGAGACCGGCCUCACCGUGCUGCGCAUCCUCUCCCAGCGCAACAACGACGAGGUCGCCAAGGAGUUCGUCAAACUCAAGUCCGACCAGCGCUCCCCUGAGGAGGGCCGGGGGAGUUAG